GUGCCGAGAUCUGAAAUUCCCGGCAGCUACUGAAUCUCCCCGACCCCACUCCAUCGCCUCCUCCUACCCGGCCACGACGCCGACAGGCCACCACUACCACAGCUAGUGGAAUCGCCCGGCGGCGGCGGCGGCGGCGGCAUGGGCCUGGACUACUAUAAGGUGUUGCAGGUGGAGCGGGGCGCAUCCGACGACGAGCUCAAGAAGGCGUAUCGGAAGUUGGCCAUGAAGUGGCAUCCGGACAAGAACCCCAACAGCAAGAAGGAGGCCGAGGCCAAGUUCAAGCAGAUCUCUGAGGCGUACGAGGUGUUAAGUGAUUCCCAGAAGCGGGCAGUCUAUGACCAGUAUGGAGAAGAGGCACUCAAGGGGCAGGCGCCCCCUCCAGGAGCAGGUGGGCCCAGUGGGUCUUCUUACUAUGGUGGUGAUGGAUCAACAUUCCGGUUCAACCCUCGGAGUGCAGACGAUAUAUUUGCCGAGUUCUUUGGAUUCUCAAGCCCAUUCUCAGGCAUGGGCGGAAUGGGUGGCAUGGGUGGUGGUGCUGAGAGGGGCAUGAGGGGAUCAAGGUUUGGGAUGUUCGGCGAUGAUAUGUUUGGAUCCUUCCCUCGCUUCCCUGGUGAGGCAUCAGUGCAUGCUCCCCAGCGGUCCCACAAGGCUGGACCAAUUGAGAACCGACUGCCAUGCAACCUUGCUGACCUGUACAAAGGUACUACCAAGAAGAUGAAGAUAUCUCGGGAGAUAUUAGAUUCCAGUGGGAGAACCAUGGUUGUUGAGGAGAUCCUAACAAUUGAGAUUAAACCUGGAUGGAAGAAAGGGACAAAAAUCACUUUUCCUGAGAAGGGUAAUGAGGCCCCACAUGUUAUUCCUGCAGAUAUUGUGUUUGUUAUUGAUGAGAAGCCACAUGAUCAAUUCAUAAGAGACGGAAAUGAUCUGAUCAUGACCCAGAAGAUUUCCUUGGCCGAAGCCUUGACUGGAUGUACUGUUCUUGUAACAACAUUAGAUGGCCGGAACCUGACCAUACCAAUCAACAACGUCAUCAACCCUGGCUAUGAGGAAGUUGUUCCCCGAGAAGGCAUGCCAAUCCCGAAAGAUCGAUCCAAGAAGGGAAAUCUUAAGAUUAAAUUCAGCAUCAAGUUCCCCUCCAGGCUGACGACAGAGCAGAAAUCGGAAAUUAGGAGGCUACUAGAAUCUUGAGGAACAGAAGCGAACUGACCUGAUCAUUAGGCCGGCUAGUUUUUGUUGGUGCAAGGCGAUGCAUUCAAAUUCCAAGCUACGAAUACCAUUCAAAUAUUCAGUUUUGAUUAAGCCGUGAGGGUUUUGCAUGGUUUUUUGUUUGUAGCUCGCAAUGUUGAUUUUUGGCAGAAUAAUUUUCCCACAAAUA